CGGGAGCCGCAGGGACCCGGGGAGGGGGGUUCGGGGCGCCCCGGGUCCCCCGGGAGGGAGAGGGGGGCGCCGGUUCCCUCCUCCCCUCUCCCCGUGAGGGUGGUCCCGGGGAGUUUUUUUGGGGGCGGGGGGUGUUGUCGUGGUCGCGACAUGGUCGUGACAGGGGUGUCUUGUAGGUGCCGGAUGUCCUCGAGCAGCCCGUGGGCCCGCCUGGGAAGGAGGAAGGAGGAGGCCGGCGGGCAAGUGGUAGAUGCUUAGUAAGCAGUACAGCACAACAGAAACCUUUCUGAGCACUGCUCAGCCCACCUGGCUCUCGGAGCCUUCCAGGGAACUUGCGGCGGCUGCGUGCAGCGUGAAACCUCUCCUCUGAAGGCUGCUGGGCUCCUGGAGGCAGGGCCUCCCCUUCCACAGGGCGUUUGCAGCUGUUGUCAGUGAAGCUGUGGGGUAUCAGAGCGCGUAGAAUUUGGGGAGACAAGAGCACACAACGAUGCUGCUGAAAGGAAUCUGAGCCACAGAGCAUGCUUUGUGCCACAGUUACCCAGGUGCUGAAUGCUGUCUACAAACUACUUUGUCGAUGAAGGAAGAAAUUGAUUGGGAAUUGAAAGCGCGAGCUAGUUCAUAAUACUGGUCAACAUGCGCAAAGGGGUGCCAAAGGACCCAGAAAUAGCUGACCUGUUCUACAAAGAUGAUCCUGAAGAAAUAUUUGUGGGUUUACAUGAAAUCGGACAUGGAAGUUUCGGAGCAGUUUACUUUGCUACAAAUUCCCACACUAAUGAGGUGGUGGCAGUCAAGAAAAUGUCCUACAGUGGGAAGCAAACGAACGAGAAAUGGCAGGAUAUCAUUAAAGAAGUCAAGUUUCUACAACAGCUGAAGCACCCCAACACCAUAGAGUAUAAGGGCUGUUACCUGAAAGAGCAUACUGCAUGGUUGGUUAUGGAGUACUGUUUAGGAUCAGCUUCUGAUUUGCUAGAAGUUCACAAGAAACCACUUCAGGAAGUGGAGAUUGCUGCCAUCACCCAUGGUGCCUUGCAGGGGCUGGCCUACCUGCACUCUCACUGUAAGAUUCAUAGGGAUAUUAAAGCUGGAAAUAUUCUUCUAACAGAACCAGGUCAAGUGAAACUAGCUGAUUUUGGGUCUGCAUCUAUAGUCUCCCCUGCCAAUUCUUUUGUGGGAACGCCUUACUGGAUGGCACCAGAGGUGAUCCUUGCUAUGGACGAAGGGCAGUAUGAUGGAAAGGUGGACGUCUGGUCCCUUGGGAUCACGUGUAUUGAGUUAGCUGAAAGGAAGCCUCCACUUUUCAACAUGAAUGCAAUGAGUGCCUUAUAUCACAUAGCCCAGAAUGAUUCCCCUACGUUACAGUCAAAUGAAUGGUCAGACUCCUUUAGGGGAUUUGUUGAUUACUGCUUACAGAAAAUACCUCAGGAAAGGCCAUCAUCAACAGAUCUAUUACGGCAUGAUUUUGUUCGCCGAGACCGACCACCAAGGGUACUAAUAGACCUCAUACAAAGGACAAAAGAUGCAGUACGUGAACUGGAUAACCUUCAGUACCGGAAAAUGAAGAAAAUCCUUUUCCAAGAGACACGGAAUGGCCCGCUAACCGAGUCUCAAGAGGAGGAGGAGGACAGUGAGCAUGGAUCAAACCUGAGUAGGAAGAUGGACAGUCUGGGCAGCAACCACUCCAUCCCGAGCAUGUCCGUGAGCACAGGCAGUCAGAGCAGCAGUGUGAGCAGCAUGCAGGAGGUCCUGGAUGAGAGCAGCCCUGAACUGGUCAUGAUGCAUAGUGACGAGAGCACAAUUAAUUCCACUUCCUCCGUUGUUCAUAAGAAGGAUCAUGUAUUUAUAAGGGAUGAGGUGGGCCACAGGGAUCGCAGGCCUGAGGUGCGGCCUACCCAGUCAGUGCAGAAUCAGGCCCUCCACUACCGGAACCGAGAGCGCUUUGCCACAAUCAAAUCAGCAUCUUUGGUUACAAGGCAGAUCCAUGAGCAUGAGCAGGAGAACGAGUUGCGGGAACAGAUGUCAGGAUAUAAGCGGAUGCGGCGCCAGCACCAGAAGCAGCUGAUCGCCCUGGAAAACAAGUUGAAGGCCGAGAUGGAUGAGCACCGCCUCAAGCUGCAGAAGGAGGUGGAGACGCAUGCCAACAACUCGUCCAUUGAGCUGGAGAAGCUGGCCAAGAAGCAAGUGGCUGUGAUGGAGAAAGAGGCAAAGACAGCUGCAGCAGAUGAAAAGAAAUUCCAGCAACAGAUUUUGGCUCAGCAGAAGAAAGACCUGGCGACCUUUUUAGAAAGUCAGAAGAAACAAUACAAGCUUUGCAAGGAAAAGAUUAAAGAGGAAAUGAAUGAGGACCACAGCACACCGAAGAAAGAGAAGCAGGAAAGAAUAUCCAAACACAAAGAGAACCUGCAGCACACACAGGCUGAAGAGGAGGCCCAUCUUCUCAGCCAGCAGAGACUCUACUACGACAAAAACUGCCGUUUCUUCAAGAGAAAAACGAUGAUUAAGAGGCACGAGAUGGAACAGCAGAACAUUCGGGAAGAGUUAAACAAGAAGCGGACCCAGAAAGAAAUGGAGCACGCCAUGCUGAUCCGGCACGACGAGUCGACGCGCGAGCUGGAGUACAGGCAGCUACACACGCUGCAGAAGCUGCGAAUGGACCUGAUCCGGCUGCAGCACCAGACUGAGCUCGAGAACCAGCUGGAAUACAACAAGCGGCGAGAGCGGGAGCUGCACAGGAAGCAUUUCAUGGAGCUCCGGCAGCAACCAAAGAACCUGAAGGCUAUGGAAAUGCAGAUCAAAAAGCAGUUCCAGGACACGUGCAAAGUGCAAACUAAGCAGUACAAAGCACUGAAGAAUCACCAGCUGGAAGUAACUCCAAAGAGUGAGCACAAGACAAUUUUGAAGAGCCUGAAGGACGAGCAGACGAGGAAGCUCGCCAUCCUGGCAGAGCAGUACGAGCAGAGCAUCAACGAGAUGAUGGCCUCGCAGGCGCUCCGGCUGGACGAGGCUCAAGAAGCGGAAUGCCAAGCCCUGAGACUGCAACUCCAGCAGGAGAUGGAGCUCCUCAACGCGUACCAGAGCAAAAUUAAGAUGCAGACAGAAGCACAGCAUGAAAGAGAACUCCAGAAGCUGGAGCAACGGGUGUCGCUGCGCAGAGCACAUCUGGAACAAAAGAUCGAAGAGGAGCUAGCCGCCCUCCAGAAGGAACGCAGCGAGAGGAUAAAGUUUCUGUUGGAAAGGCAGGAGCGAGAGAUUGAAACGUUUGACAUGGAGAGCUUGCGGAUGGGCUUUGGGAAUUUGGUCACAUUAGAAUAUCCCAAGGAGGACUAUAGAUGAGAUUAAAUUUCUUUGCCAUUUAACAAAAAAAAAGGAUAAAAAGCAAACAAAAUAAUUAUGAAACUUGCAAAACCAACAUUCCCCAUGUUAACGGGCGUGCUCUCUCUCUUUCUGUCUCUCUUACUGACAUCGUGUCGGACUAGUGCCUGUAUAUUCUUACUCCAUCAGGGGCCCCCUUUCCCCCUGUGUCAAGUCCCGGUGCAGGACAGCUCCUGGCGGUCUUUUCCAUAGUAUGUCACAGUAUUGAUGUCUCUGUGCAAUGAUUAAAAAUGUUUCAGUGAAAACUUUGGAGACAAUUUUAAUGGAAAAAAAAAAAAAGUGGAUGUAUGUUGCUUUUGAGCAAUCACUCAUUUUUACCACCAAUCUACGAAAGUACAAA